AUUAAAGUGCCUUGAAACAAGCAGACCAAUCGCAGCUUCAUCCGACAAUCAUGUGACACCGGUAUCUUUGAUGAUGUCAUUUUCUUGCGACUAUUGCUGACAGCUCCAUGUGAAUGUCGCCUUCGUCCACUAGCUAUUUAGCUUAUUUAUCAAGGUGUUAGCAUGGUGACUCCGGCUGCUGUGUUGUGAAUAGGAUUCUCGCUGCUCUCUGGUCUCGUGCUGCACUCUCUGGUCUCGUGCUGCUCUCUCUGGUCUCGUGCUGCUCUCUCUGGUCUCGUGCUGCUCUCUCUGGUCUCGUGCUGCUCUCUCUGGUCUCGUGCUGCUCUCUCUGAUCUCGUGUUGCUCUCUCUGGUCUCGUGCUGUUCUCUAUUCCUCCAUGACCAGCCGUCUGCUGGGCCGAUGUGCCCGUCUCCUCCCCAGGGCCACCCCCCAGGCCUCAGCCACCGCUGCCUUCCUGCCUACCCCUGCAGCUGGGCCAGCAGAGCCGCUGUGGGCCCAGGCCUGGCGGCAGCCUGGGGUAAGGGGGCUAUGUGAGGGCAGGAGUUUGGUCAAAGAGGAGUAUCCCAUCGAGCCCAAACGCACCCAGCUGGAUGAGCUCUUAGAGAGGGCCCAAUCUCCACAGGAUGUCCUGCAGGCGUGGGCGGCACAAGGAGGAAAGGCCAAUCAGGCGGCUAAGACUCUGGUUCAGCUUGUCAGAUUGGCUGGGAGAGAGAAAGGUGGGGCUAAAGUGGACCAAUUUGAGCUGCUGAAUGAUCCCAGACUGCUGGACAUAAUGGACACAGUUACUGCACAGGUAGCGUCAGUGUGGAAUGGUACGCUGGUCUCUCUGCUGCGCUCCCUCUCUACUCUGGGUGUUCCGCCUACAGCUGCAGUACAACGCUCCAUCCAGACAGAGGUGCUGUGGCGUGUACGCAGACUCUCCUACAAACAGCUGGCUUUCCUGGCAGACUGGGGAGCAGGGCGGAAUGGUCAGAUGGAGGUGUUGCUGGUGAGCGCAGCGCUGAAACAGCUGGAACUCCGCUGGACUGAGAUCGCUGACGCCAGAACAGUCAGUACCCUGAUGGCUAGGGCUGGACACCUCAGUCCUGCACUGAUGGACAGACUGGAGGAUAAGGCGUUAGAGCUAGCUGAAGGGUUUGGGGCGGAGGAUAUCCGCAGAGUGUGUGUGUCUCUAGCGUCUCAGGGACGCCGGUCAGUGCCUCUGCUCAGAGCUCUGUCCUACCACUUCAUACAGAAACCCUCAACAGACCUUACCACACCGCUACUGUUGGACCUCGCCUACGCAUAUGGGAAGUUGAAUUUCCACCACUCCCAAGUCUUCCAGCGAUUGGCAGCCGAGUUGUUACCCAGAAUGCCAGAGAUUAGUUCUGCCGAUGUCACUCGCUGUGCCAAAUCACUAGCCUUCCUCAAGUGGCUCCAUCUCCCAUUGUUUGAGGCAUUCGCUGAGCACUACAGCGUGAACAGUCAGAAGUACAGCACACUGCAGCUUUGUAACCUGCUCAUGUCAUUGGCCAGGCUCAACUUCCAGCCCAGCAAAGGGGGGGAGUUCUAUAAGAAGGUCCACUCUGCCCUGGAGGGUGUUCUCCCCAGCCUGGAGGCGUUCCUGCAGACAGACGUGGUGUGGUCUCUGUGUGUGUUACAGCAGGUCAAGCCCCAGCACAUCACGGCCCUCACUCAACAAACACAUGUUGCCAAACUCUCAGAAGGCAGUCUGUCUCGAGUGGAGAACUAUCGCCUGAAGCUCCUCCACAUCAUUGCUACCCUCCAGUUAGAACACCCAGAGUCUCUGUCCUCCACCCUGCCUACAGAGGCCAUGUUGAUUCCAUCCACCCUGGGCCGGAACUCCCCCCUCUCCCCUCUACAGACUGGGCUGAAGGGGGCCCUGGGUAAUCUGGUGGGGGGGAAAGCAGAGGCCCUACGUACCGGGGUCAACACUAUAUAUGGCUGGACCAUAGAUGGAGAGCUGGUGGUGGACAGUGAAAAUAAACCAAUGGACCUGGUGACCCUGACGGCCCCUCACCUGCCUGGAGGAGGCGGAGCCAAGUCCUUACCUGAGGGUGCAUGCAGGUUAGCAUUCCUGACCUGGGAGUUUCCUAACUAUGGCUCCAGGAGUAAAGAUCUGCUGGGACGAUUCACCAUGAUGAGACGGCAUCUCAAACUGGCUGGCUUUAUCCUUGUAGAGGUGCCAUACUAUGAGUGGCUGGAGCUCAAGUCUGAUUGGCAGAAAGGGGCGUAUGUGAAGGAUAAGAUGGGGAAGGCCAUUGCUGAGGAAAUGGCGAAGUGAACGAGGCCAAACAGCAGAAGUCUGGUUCAGUUCUAGACUCAACUGGACUGGAUAGAGGAGAGCCAGGAUGCCAAGGAUGGCUCACCAGAAACAAUCUGGUCUCAAACAACUCUGAACAGCAACCACACACACACACACUAAUCAACCCACUCUAAAACAAGCCGCUUGGUGGAAAAUCUCUUUUGUCGUUUUAUCUUUGGUUGCCUUGCCGAUGCGUGGGGCUAUCCUUGUUACCAUGGAGACGCCCCCUGAGAGUUCUGUAUGCUGAAGAGAGCAAACAGAGGGAGAAAGAGAGAGUGGGCCCUACAGCAGAAAGCAAGGGAGGAAAUACCUCUGUUGCUAAGGAUAUGUGUCCCUAAGUGACACUCAGAGAGAAUAGAGAGCAGCGUCAUAGAAUAAAUGCCCCAAUGAAUGUUAAAAGCUGUGUAUCACCUGUGAAUAGAGUGGUCUAAUUAAAUUAUCAAUAUGAGCUUUGAGUGAUGUGAUUGAAGAAAUUAUUUUACUCUUUAAUUUUGAUAUACAUGUUCCACACACUGUCUUCCAUGUUGGCACUGAUGUUCCUUGACUAACAUUGGCUGUAGAUGAGAGCAUCAAAUCUGUGAUCCAUUGUGGGUCAGUUGUGACUGACUGAUCUACAAAUAACAAUUAAGUCAUUAUUUAUGAUGCAAGGUUAUUUGUAGAUCAGUCAGACAUCAUCCGCCUGCAAUGUGGAACAUAUAUGGCUCUGGUAGGUCUUGACUUCCCUCACAGUGUGUUUAGAGAGGACAUUGGGUUGGAUGAGCUUCUAUGGUAUCAUUGUCAUCCUGAUGGAGGUGUGAUAUUCAGCCUGAGGAUGCUUCUCUUCACAAGUUACAGCUAAUAAUACGUAUGUAUUAUCAAACGUCAUGGGUGGGUGUGUUGUGGGGGGGGUGCUGAAUGUAUCCAAGAGGGAUCGGCUCAAACACAGCUGUUGAUGUUGUCUGUGCCGUACAGUGCCUUCAGAAACUAUUCAUACCCCUUGACUUAAUUGACAUUUUGUUGUUACAGCCUGACUUCAAUAAAACAAUGUUUACCCAUCUACACACAUUACCCCAUAAUGACAAAGUGAAAACAUGUAAAUGAAAAUGUAUGUCUCAUUUACUAAAGUAUCCACACCCCAGAGUCAAUACUUUGUAGAAGCACCUUUGGCAGCGACUACAGCUGUCUGGGUACGUCUCUAAAGCCUUGUUUAUACUGCAGGUCUUAAUGCUCAAAUCAUUUGUGAGAUACAGACUGUCCAAACAGCAAGUUACAAGUGACCAAAUCGGAUUUGUGUGUGUUCAGAUAGCAGUUAUUUGAUGACAUGGCUACGCUAGUUGCCAUAGUAACGACAGGUGUGUGCACGGUAGUGUAGGCUGAUUGGUGGUGGUGCUGCUCAUGCUUCCUAUCAUGCAGAAGUUAUGGAGCAAGCUAAGGUGACAAUGCUUGCCAUUGCCUAUUUUCCAGUUGAUUUGAAUAUUCAAAAUCCAAGUAUAAGAACACUUAAAACCUCAAAGGAUAAGAUUAACCAACUUUCGAAACGAGACCUUUUUGGCUAGCCAAGGCACUCCACAAGCUAGCUGGAUAGCUCUUUAGUAUUAUAGUACAUUCACUAAUUUGUUUGUAAACAAUUAAAAAGCUAAUUAGCUACCAGGUGUUCCUGUCAAACUGGCAACAGAGUAGUUAGCAACAAGAUAUGCAAAAUAACAGUCUAAAAAGUCCCCUUGAGAGCAAAUAAAUCAGAUUUGACAUUCCCUCACAUGGCCAGGAAUCAGAUUUGUAUCGGGCUCCAAAUCACCUAUGAAGACAUCAUGUAUGGCAGCCACCACCAUUCUUGAAAAUAUGAAGAGUGGAACUCUGUGAUGUGUUGUUGGAUUUGCCUCUAACAUAACGCUUUGUAUUCAGGACAUAACGUUUAUUUAUUUGCCACAUUUUUGGAUGUUUUACUUUAGUGCCUUUAUUGUAAACAGGAUGCAUGUUUCGGAUUUUAAAAAAUAAAUAUUUACAGGCUC